GCUGCUUUCGCGUAUAGCCACACUAGCAUGAUGUGGUUGAAUGUGAUAUAAUGGCGACGCCGACUAAUAGUAACGGUAACCUCGUUGACGAAUUCGAAGAAGCAUUUCAGCAAUGUUUAAGCAUAUUGACAAAGGACGAAGGUUUAGGCAACAAUGGGACUGGCGCGUCUGGAGGUUUGACAGUGGAUAAAGAUGAAGGCCGCGCAGAAAUGGAACAAGCCACUAUGAGGUUUGUAGACCUAGCCAGGCAGAUGGAAGCCUUUUUUCUGCAAAAGCGAUUCCUGCUGUCCGCACUGAAGCCUGAGCUAGUUGUUAAAGAGGAAAUUCAAGAAUUAAAAAUAGAAUUGGCCCGCAAAGAAGAGCUCAUAAAAAGGCAUAAUGAGAAAAUCGCUGUUUGGCAAAAUAUGUUGUCAGACUUACAAGGAUGGGCACAGUCCCCUGCUCAAGGACCAGCACCCAGUGGAUUACCCAAUGCAAAUCAAAGCGGACAGAACCAGCAGGCUGCAGGUGGCAGUAGUAAUGCUUCAAUACAGCAACAGCAAAUGUUGCAGCAUCAGCAGCAAUUGCAACAACAAUUGCAGCAGCAGCAGCAACAGCAGCAGCAGCACCCACAACUGCAGCAACAAUUGCAGCAUCCAUUGCAACAACAGGUGCAACAGGGCACAGGUGGUCCGCCGACAUCAGGUCUUCAAGGAGUCGGUGUGCCGGUCAAUCAGCAGGGCAUGUUCAUGGCGCAGGGUGUCGCCGGUGGCAGAGCCACCGGAUUCCCGGUAGGCGGUAUGGGUAGCAGCGCCCUGCAAGGACCCUUGGCUUAUCUGGAAAAAACAACGAGCAACAUAGGGAUGCCAGAGAGGCGGAGUUGACGCGGAAGGGGGAGGGGCCGGGGCCGGGGUCGUGGAAGAGGCCGAGGUAGAGGAAGAGGCGGUGGUGGCAGCGGUCUACCGCCACCACCACCACUUCUCGAUCCCUCAGACCCGUCGUCGUAUGCUGCUGCCGCCGCAGUUGCAGCCGCCGCGGCGGCGCCCCUUCCCUCUCCGCAACAGCAGCCUCCCCCGCCUUGCUCAUAAAUGUAACGUGGUGAUCUCGAUUUCUUCUUCUUGGAGAAAGAGACUACACUUGCAGCUUCCAAGGUCGAGUGCAUCACUUCGUUAAAAGCUUACGUUUAAGCUUAUAGACCUGAAUGUACUGUGUGUCAGUGAUGGUAGUGGAAAGGAUUCAAGUCGACGUGGUGAUACGCGUCGCAUUAUGAAGUUGUGAUUACUUUGUAUAAAUGUAGCAUCGAACAUUUACGAAGUGAUGGAGCCCUUAAAUGACAAAAAACAGUAUUUCAACAGUGCCAGUUCGGAUCGACGUUUACAACCGUACGAACAUUGUAACUCUGUACGUUGUCUUGUAUGUUGUAUGAAUGUUUCAUUCUGUACUAGUCCUGGAAAUAGUGGUAAAAUAGUGGUUAGCUCACGUGAAGCGCGCAGAUAGUUGUGAAAUAGAAUAAGCUUUUUGUAAUUACAGGUGGAGAUAAGAGAACUGUACAUAACGAGAUUACGUGCGAUGCAAGCAACGUGAUAUAACUUUUACUCGUACAUAGAAAUAAGAACGAUACCUAUCUCUUCCUCCUAUGCCUUUCUUUAUACCGCAUUAUAAUUUGCAAUAUAUUAACGUUCCGAGGUUGUGUCGACAUUUUUAUAAUAAACUGCGUUUAUCGUUUUUUACAGUGCCUUUGAAUGCCUAUCAAGAGUACUGUUUGUGCGACACGAAUCAAAUGUACAUUGCCUAAUGCAUUGUGCAAAAUUAAAAUUUGUAUUACGCACAUUGAUUACGCUAGAUUAGUAUAAGCAUCCAUUGUCGUGGAAUAUUUUGCACGAACUUUAAAUAUUUAAUUAAUUUGUCCAUUCUUGUAUAAAUUUUAAAUCUUUAUAAUUAAUUCUUUAUAAUGGAAUUAUAUGCGUGUGUAACUAAUGUACACAUAUGCAUUAAAAUAUGGAGACUAUUUUCUCGUUAAAAAUUUACUUAUAAUAGUAUAAUUUGUUUGUGUUAUGCGCUGUUGGAAUAAAUUUUGCAUCUAUUAACACGAUAUGUUCUAUGAAAGCAUUGUCAUGUGAUGUUAAAAUAAUUUUAUGACACAAUGCAUAUUGUAGAGAACAAAGCUCUAUAUAUAAAUUUUAAUUAUGUAUAUUUAAUUAGUAUAAAGUACUCGGAAGAUCGCGUAAGACGGCAAUAAAUUAAUUUUAUGUAGAUGAAUAUAAUCAUCUUUUUAUUUAUAUUAAUGGAUGACUUACGUAUUAUGCUUUUUUUACAAAUUCCAAGAUAAAGUGCUUAUACUAUUCAUUACUUUUAGAUAUUAUGUAUUCAUACAGAUAUAAUGUAACUCAUUUUUAUUCUAUACAAUACUUGUUGUAUGCACUGUAGUAUAAAGUUGAUAUAUAUAAAUAUCAAUUAAAGCGUGCUUUCUUAUUUUUAUUAUUUCUAGUUUAAGAUCAUGGUAAAGUCCUCGAAAAUAUUUACUGAAAUAGCUCAGCUUUACACAUACAGAUAGUUUGAUAGUUUGAUAAAAUUAUAAGCGUGUAUAAAACUUAUUUUUAAAACAUCUAUCAUAGUUGUAGUUCAUUUUUAUAGCCAAUCAAAUAUAAUAAUCACAUGUGUAAAAUGGGAUUAUUAUUAUAGUUUGAUCAAUUUGUAAAA